GGUGAUCUGUGUCGACUGAACAUCGGCUGACUUCUUCUUUCAGCUGUGAUUGACAAAAGCCAGCAAACACUUUGUUCACUGAGCCUGUAGAGAGCAUUUCUGAGCCUGAACCCGUCGGGUCUAACGGUUUAAAUUUCACCCAGAGAUCCCGGGAAUUCGCAGACAUUACGUUGGGACAAUGGAAUCUAACGUUAUCCCGGACAGUAUCCGCCCUCAGAGGCUACAGCCAGGGAUUGGAUUCGGUUCCGGACCGACCGGGACGCUCCGCUCCUCUCUACGGCCCGGGGUUACGGUCCCCAUCGCGCCGCUGUUGCCCUCCCCGGCCUCUCUGGCCGCUUCGUCCGGGCCUCCUCCUCCGCCACCCCCGCUGCAGCUCCACAGCCUGUACGGCGGCGUCGGAGCGGGGCUUGGGCCGGGGGCGACCGGCCACUGUAACCCGGGGAACCCGGCGGUGCUGAAGGAGGCGGUGGAGGCUGUGGUCCGCAGCUUCGCCAAACACACACAAGGUUACGGCAGAGUAAACGUGGUGGAGGCUUUGCAGGAGUUUUGGCAGAUGAAGCUGACCAGAGGGGCCGACUUGCGGAACGGAGCUCUAGUUGUUUAUGAGAUGGUCCCCUCCAACAGCCCGCCAUAUGUCUGCUAUGUGAGUCUUCCAGGUGGCAGCUGCUUCGGAAGUUUCCAGUUCUGUCCCACCAAGGCGGAGGCUAGACGCAGCGCUGCAAAGAUCGCCCUGAUGAACUCUGUCUUCAAUGAACAUCCCUCUCGACGCAUCACAGACGAAUUCAUUGAGAAGAGCGUCAGUGAGGCUCUGGCCUCCUUCAACGGAAACAGAGAAGAGGCCGACAAUCCCAACACAGGAAUUGGUGCAUUUCGCUUCAUGCUCGAGUCCAACAAAGGAAAGUCCAUGCUGGAGUUUCAGGAGCUGAUGACAGUGUUCCAGCUGCUGCACUGGAACGGGAGUCUCAAAGCCAUGAGAGAACGGCAGUGUUCCCGACAGGAAGUGCUGGCUCACUAUUCCCACCGAGCUCUGGAUGAUGACAUGCGCACUCAGAUGGCUGCUGACUGGGUGAACCGGGAACAGAGUGUCGCGGCCACCAUCGCGCAGGAGUUGGCGUCGACAGAGCGAGAACUGGAGGAUGCCAGGCUGGCGGGCAGAGAACUGCGUUUUUACAAAGAGAAGAAAGACAUCCUGAUGUUAGCUGUGGGUCAACUCAGUGCAGCCAACACUGCCACCCUGCCCUCGCACUAAACCCGACGUCUGUUCGUGGAAACGCGCCUUCACACUCUGUAGGAUUCCUGGUAACAGCAUUGAUCACUUCAUAGAUGCAAAGGUGAUGUCAUUGGAACUUUUAGGUUUUGUAUCUUGUGUUUUGUCACGAGGACCAGGUAAUCAGGCCUUGACUUACAGUAUGCACAUCCGUCCAUGGAGCAAACACUUGCCGCUAUAGCCGUUACCUCUUUGUGCCUAGUGAUUACAGGAUAACAGUGCUUUUUAAAAAAAGAAGAAUACCUGUACAUGUGCUUGGCAUCCCAGGUGACUGAGGUUUACAUGUUUUUUCAUUAUUUCAUACUGUAUUUGCUCGACCCACAGACACAAAGCCUGCCUUUCGUCAGUGAAUGUACGGGACAUACGUUAAUAUGGCCCAUGAAACCAAACACAUUUGUUCAAGGUGUGAAUCAUUCUGAAGUUUGCUCCUUCAUGUUUAGGGUGUGUUUACCAGCAUAUACUGUUUAGAACUCUCGAAAGACAAGGUGGUAAACUGUGUGUGUCUUAAAACCUUGAUAGCACGUACCUUGUGUCCUUUAAUAAAAUAUAACCCUGAUUCCAAAAUGGUUUGGAAGCUGUGUAAAACGUAAAAUAUAAUUUUUAACAGAAUGCAGUCAUUUACCAAUUAACCUGUUGCCAAUCAACCUGUUUACCUGUGGAAUGUUCCAAACAGGUGUUUUUGGAGCGUUCCACUACUUUCCCAGUCCUUUGUUGCUCCUUUCCCAACUUGUUCGAAAUGUGUUGCUGCAUCAAAUUCAGAAUAAGCAGAUAUUUACAAAAAUCAAUGAAGCUGAUGAGGUGAAACAUUAAAUAUAUUCUCUUUGUACUGUUUUCGGUUGAGUGUAUGUCAAAAAGGAUUAGCAAGAUAUCACAUUCUGUUUUAUUCAUUUUACACAGUGUCCCAACUUUUUUGUAAUCAGGGUCGUACGACCACAACAACAGCAAAGGGAUAAAGGAUCCCACCUAAUAACCUCUUCAGCAUGGGUUCACAACCUCGUUCUGCCUGUUUUAACGAGAAUGAAGUGUAAAUAUGUGGAAAUUGCAUAGUCACAUAAUACCAGAAUUCAAGUAAGCAUUGAAAUAUACUUACUGGCUCAUGUAUAAAUUUGAGGGUACUUUGCAAAAAGUGUCAGCAGGUGACUGAUUGCUCUGGCAGCAGCUCAGGUUUUUUAAAAAAUCCGAUCGUUAACCAUCACUAUGUUUUCAUUUUGUGUUUGUGAAGGCUUUCGACUGUUUUAGUGUUCAUCGUAUGCUGGGUGACCAUGACACUAGCUGAAUGUAUAUUUUCAGUGUGCUAUCAACUAAAGGAUCUACUCAGCAAUGCUGUUCAACAUUCAGACUGUUGAAUUGCUCCGGCGAUACAGAUUGUUUGUCAUGUGCUUCAUCUUGCAGGAACAACGAACAGCCACACAGUGGUGGUAAAAUGUGAAGGCCAAAAAAAAAAAAUGAGUUGACGGUUUUAACGGGCUGAUUCAUCAUAUGUGAGUCAAUGCGGUCAGUACAGAACAGUACCAGCACUUGUGGUUUGUGUUUUUUGAUGUACUGGAAGCAGCAUUUGUUUGUUAGCAGUGCUAGUGUAUGUCCAUGAGCUGAAAACAAAGUAUGUAACUCGCACUUAUCACCUUUUCAAAUAUCUUCGUGUUGAAGGACCUGAUUUCGUUCAUACUGUAAAUGUGAUAUCUUUAUUUUUCUCUAUCUAUCUAAAAUGUAUUGAAUACAUUAUAAGGAUGAGCUCAUUUCAGUGAGUAGCCUUUUAAAGACCCCAUGUAAUGGAAGUGAGAGUUUAAUUGAUCAUGUGUGGCUCUGGCUGGAAGGAAAUGCGGGCGGUAAUUAUGCAAGUUAAACAGCAGGAGGGCCCGUCUCCCUGCUGAAUGCUGGAUUAUCAACAGAAGAAACUGGUUACACUAAAUUUGAGGAGGCAGUGAACAGAAAAAGCAGCAGAGAUUGAGUAUUAUUAAAGCCAGAACCAUUUUUUUUAUUGCUGGGAUGAUUGUGCCUUUAUCAAAAUAAUAGCAUACAAUAGUUUGACACAUAAAAAGCUCUAAAAGUUUCAUUUCAUUUAAUGAGGUCUUUAAAGGACGUUCUACUCUGCUUUACAGUGUUUUCUGUCUGUUUUCACAGAAAGAUGAAAUUAUAGAUUACAUGUUAUAUUACUGUUACAGUACUUCAAAGGAAUAGUUUGCCAUUUAUUCACUUUUUGACGGAGACGAGAAGAUUGACACCACUCUCACAUCUGUGUUUUAAAUGUAAGGCUGCAAGCCAGUUAUCUUAGCUUAGCAUAAAGACAGGAAACAACUAGCCUCGCUCCAUCCAAAGGUUAUAAAAUCUGUCUGCUAGCACCCUUAAAGCUCACCAGUUAACAUGCUAUAGCUCAUAUGUUUAACCUGUACAAAAACCAAAGUUUCAAUACGGCAAUUCGCCUUUUCACGUGUGGUUGUGUUUGUCGGACUAAGCUAUUUCUUGGUUGUGGCCGGAUACUUCCUGGAAUCUGGUCACUUGGAAACUGCUCAGAGAAAAAAAAACGGCUACAGCUAACUCGUUGCUCGCAGUAUCUUAAAAUUUACUGCACGGACAAGAAAGUGGUAUCAGUUUCCAUCUGACCCUCCACCAGAAAGUGAAUAAGCAUAUUUCCUAAAAUGUCGAACUAUUUCGUAAACAUGUUACAUGACAUUAGAUUAUGAAGGAUUUAUCAAAUCUUACGACCUUUUGUAUACAUUUAUAAUCAUGAUAUAUUGUUUGUUUGGUACUCAGCUUGCAAAAUAUGUGUGCAGCACAAAUAGGAAAAUGUUUCUAUGUAACCUUGUCAUCUUUGCAAAGACCCCCCAGCCCUUUUCCGUAAAUACUGAAAAGUUGGAAUAUACCUUUGAACUGACACACAUUUUCUUUUUUGUAUUUGUUUACUCCUAGAAUCUCAUCUGCAGAUAUGUUAUCUGAAUUUAUCAGUGAUUAUAUCGCCUGAUGAAGUCCAACAGAAGAACAUCAAGCUGAAUUAUAUUUCAUGAGAACAACUCAAGUAUUUAAAUGAGCUGACUACAGGAAUGAGUCUGAAGAUCUUGAAUUGUGUAUUUUUGCAUUUUGCUUCUAAUGUAGAUGCUUAUUCUGUGUGUGAUUUCUGACCACAAGCCAUUAAUCUCUGAGCUCUCUUCUUACAAAUGCCUUUGAUGUUUCUUUGUAAUCAUUAUCAGUAAAGGCUUUUUUGAACAAUUUUUUUUUGCUAUCCAUUUUAUAAAAAACGGGCUUUUCGUCAUUUGGUUUUGAUGCAUGAUAUGUUGAUUAAGUUUUGUUUUUAUAUGUUUCAUAUAAUAUACAGUAUUUGUUUUAUAAAAGUGUUUCUCAAGG